AAUUUCCUCCCUCUUCACCACCACCUUUUUUUUCUUUUCAUUUUCAAUUUCUUCACUCAUUUUUUCUCCAUUCGUCCUCCUCUGACGCUUCACAGUAGUGUCUGCAUUCUCACCCAAAGAGCCAUAAGCCCAUAACAAACAAGAGAGAGAAAGAGAGGAGAGAGAAACUAGAACCCUAGAAGCUCCGUAGAGAGAGUAAAAGCCAACAUUUCCAUGGAAAGUGUAACGCAUUCUCGCCAACCGAACAAGGUUACGCUACCGAAGAAAAUCACCAACGGUACUUUCUCAUCUACCAAAACUCUAUACGACGACGUUUACGGUGGUCCACCGAAGUUCACCGCCUCCUCUAUCUCGCCACGGUUUGAAGACUACGGCGAGAUAUUCUCGAGCUUCCACGCUGCUCGCUCUUCCUCCAUUCCGGUGUUGGAUCUUCCGGCGGUUGACGCCGGUGAGGUUUUUUUUGACUUCCGUCGUAAUGCUUUUGACUAUGCUGAGGUCUUUGGAGGCUCCGGCGGACUGGACUUUUGGUCUUCGCACGAGGACUUGUUUCGUGACGGUGACUAUGAAGAAGAAGAAAAAGCCUGGACUUCAGUAGAAGCUGAUUCAUUUUCGGGAGACUUGGACCAUUUUGGAAAUAAUGUAGGCUUAUCAAAUGGCGGUCUCUUCCAGUCCGUUGAUGGAAAUACAGAGUUCAACAUUUCGUUUCAUAAGGUCAAUAGUACUAGCAAUGAAGAUAUGUCAAAGGGGAAAGCUCACAUAACUCAGCUGCAUGCUGUUCCUGGUGUAACUCAUGUAGUUGAUGAAACCACACUAUUUCAUAGGACUGGUCCAUCCUUGCAGGUUGUGGAUGACAUUGACCUCGAUAUGGAAUUUAAUGCAGGCAGGGGAAAGAGAAACCAUCAUAAGAAAAUGACGUCGCGCCCCUGUAAUGUUACUUCUGGUGAACAGCUUCUCUGUUGUGAUCUUGAUCUGCUUGAUGGAUGCAACAGAAAUGAUUCUCAUUCCAGUGAGAUGUUCAUAACUGUGUCUGACGUCAGCCUCAGAACCAUACCAUCCAAAGUACCACCUCCUUGCCGGCCACCACCUUUAUUAGAUCCAAGCAAGGGAUACAUUAGUGAAUCUCAUUCCAACAGUGAGCGGAUUGAUUCUGAAGAUACUUUAGGCGAUGGUUCACCUCCUUUCUUUGAUGUGGAGGUUGAUAUUAAUUCGUCUGCUUCUGUUGUGAAAGAAGCCACAAACAUAUCAGAAGCAAAAGUUAGAACCGUAAAAGAUUUGAAGGGGAGAAAGAAGAGGGGUUCUGAAAGCAGCAUGAAAUCAACUUUUGAUGUAAAAACAAAUGAAACAGAGAUGAGUGAGAAUAUAACUAGAUUUAAUAGUUUGAAUGAUGAGAGAGUGCUUCCUACUUGUGAUCGAAGAUCUGGCAAAAUAAAAAUUUCCGCCACAGAUGAAAGGCAGAAAGCUAGGAAGGCAGCUCCAGUAAUUCCAGAACCAUUAGAAGGGAAAAAACAUUUAAACUUGUUCGAGGAAAAGCACAUGAAGGAAACCAGGCCUUCUCAAGAAUCAGAUCAAAGUAUUGGAGUUGGGACAUGGAAAGAAGCAACUGAAUUUAUUGAAUUGGUGGGAACAGAGGAAUCUCAAAAGGUAGUUCAUCCCAUAAAACAUACUGAGUGUUUGGUGCAAGAUGCCACAACAAUUGAGCAUUGGAGGAAAGAAGGAGAAGCAUCUAAUAUCCAAGAAGAAUACAAAAAGGUAAAAACAAGUCUAGAAAGUUAUCAGCCUGACGAAUACAAGAAGAAAUCUAAAGCAGAAAGAGGGGCUUAUGAACCGGUGAAAAACAUCAGGAGAUCUAAAUCAUCUAAUGUGGAAUGCAGACAGAGAGAGCCUGCAAGGAAUGACGACAUUACUGAAAAUUUUGAGCUUGAAAAGAGUGAGAAGAUAAGAAUGGCCAGCCAACAUGGAAAAACCGAGAAAAAAGCAACUAAAGCAAAUCAAGUGGAAAGUGGGAUAUCAAAAGAGGUUGAUGGACAAGAGCUAUGUGAAGUUCAGUUUAGCUUGAAACUUAAAGAAAAUGAGAAGAAACUAAAACAGAAUGGAGAGCAGCAUCUGGGUGUGAAAAAGCACAAGCAGCCUCAAAUAAUGAAAGAAAAUGAAACAAUUCAAACAGAAGUUUUUACUCCUGAAGCAGCAGAGGGUGAGGAAAGAGUCAAAGAUUCUGAGGGGUUUGAGAAAAUUAAAGGAAGAUCAAUUCAAGCUAUUAAGCUGGAUAAGCCGGAAGAGAAUGUAACUUGCACAAGGGAAAAUGAAAUCAUCUCCGAACAACAUUUACAGAACAGAAAUGGAGUCAAAGAGUCAUGUGAACAUGAAGAAAAUAUGAAAAGCCAAAAAGAUUCAUUUAUAAACAAAGAAAGUAGUGACAGCCAAAAGCCUGCUCAUGGGCGGGUAGUGAAUGAAAAAGGGCUUAUAGAAGAAGACUUUGAAUCAGGUUUGAACAAGACAAAAACUGAAGAGGCAUUUGAGCACAGAACAAAUGAGGCAAGUUUAGAAGAUCAAAGUAAAGAAAAAUUCAAAGUAGUUUCUAAUGAAUAUGUAAAAUCAAAUAUACUUGAAGAAACUAGUGAGAACAAAGGGACUUUGAAAGUUCGGAAACAAGCUAUAGAGCUAGAAAGACGAAGUGGAAAUGAGGCUCAGAUGAAACAAGAAACCGAGAGUAUAUCAAACCAAACAUCUAACUGGGAAACACCUUUAGGUAUAUCAAAUAAGAAUAGUCACUCCAAGCAAUCUGAGAAGAUACUCAAAGAUGCUGGUAGGAGUGAAAAAGAUGAGGGGUUUGAUAUAGCUUUGGAGCAAAUGAAAGUGAAUAGAGAAUAUAUGAGCAUGGAAUUUGCUAAAGAAACCGAUGAGAAACGGAAAGCACAGCAUGGCGAAAAUCUUCUAGCAGCUCAUUCAUUGUCCAUUCAUGAAGAAAAUGUUAGAAAACCGGGGGUAUCUCUAGAACCUGUCGCUGAUCAUGAAAUUAAAGAAGCUAGAACUGACUGCAAAAUUGGUGGAAGGAAAUUGGAAGAGGUAGGGUUAGAAAAAAUAAUAGCUAGCGGGAAAAUAACUUCUUUUGAAAGGUCCCAAGGAAAAGAAGAGGUUUAUGGGACACAAUCAGGAAAGGUGGAUUGUAACGUGAGGCACACCGAAGAACUUUGUUUUAGUAGUGAACAUGCAUGGUCUGAGAAAGCUAAAACAGUCCCUCAAAUGGAAUUUGAUUCUAGAAGUCAAGAGAUGAAAAUUGGUCAUGAAUGGGGUGAAAGCAAAACGAUUAAACAUCAUGUGAAUGUUGCACUAAAUCAUGAAGGAAGUAGGAACCUGAAGUCGUCAACCCAAGUAAACACAUGUGAUGAUUACAAAAGGAGCACAGUAAUGGAUAAACCUGCUGCAGUUCAAGAAGCAGUAGAUGAUUGCAAAAGGAGCACAGUAGUGGAUAAACCCGCUGCAGUUCAAGAAGCAGUAGAUGUCCACAACACUUCCCAAAGAUCUCAUAUAACCCAUUCCACAAAAAUCAAAGAGAAGUGUCUUAAUGAAACUCUUGCCUCAGUAGAGAAAGAUGCCGAAAAGCCGAGAAUAGAAAGAGAGUUAGAAAAAGAACGCCUCAGAAAGAUAGAAGAAGAGGUGGAGAGAGAAAGGGAAAGGCAGAAAGAUAGAAUGGCUGUUGACAGAGCAAUGCUGGAGGCUGAGAGAGAAAGGGAAAGAGAAAAAGAUAGGUUGGCCGUUGAUAGAGCAACCUUUGAAGCUCGUGAUAGAGCAUAUUCCGAAGCCCGCGACAGAGCAGAAAGGGCUGCAUUUGAUAGAGCAACAGCUGAAGCUCGACAAAGAGCACUGACUGAGGCUAGGGAAAGACUUGAAAAGGCCUGCGCUGAGGCUAGAGACAAAUCAUAUGCUGAUAAAGCAAAUGCAGAAGCCAGAUUGAAGGCAGAACGGGCUGCUGUUGAAAGAGCAACUGCAGAGGCUCGAGAGCGUGCAAUGGAAAAAGUAAGGGUUGAGAGAGCUGUAUUUGGGUCCAGAGAACGAUUAGAUAGAUCUGUAUCUGAUAAAUUUGGGGUCUCAUCCAGAAAUGAUGGAAGAAUGGGCUCCUCAUCAUCUGAUAUACCUGAUCCACAGUUUCACAACAUCAGCUCUGCCCCUGGUUCCAGACAUCCAUAUUCAAUUUAUGGUGCUUCUUCUUUUUGUGAGAGAUCUGAAGGUGAAUCAGCUCAGAGGUGUAGAGCUAGACUCGAGAGGUGUCGCCGAACAGAAGACCGUGCAGCAAAAGCUUUGGAAGAAAAGAACAUGCGUGACCUUCUAGCCCAGAAGGAACAAGCAGAGAGAAGUCAGAGAUUAGCGGAGACUUUGGAUACUGAAGUCAGAAGGUGGUCAAGUGGAAAAGAAGGAAACCUGCGUGCAUUGCUUUCAACCUUGCAAUAUAUCCUUGGGCCUGAUAGUGGAUGGCAGCCAAUCCCACUCACGGAGGUAAUUACUUCUGCUGCUGCAAAGAAAGCUUACAGGAAGGCCACCCUUUGCGUCCAUCCCGACAAAUUACAGCAACGUGGAGCAAGUAUUCAGCACAAAUACAUAUGUGAAAAAGUCUUUGAUCUCUUAAAGGAUGCUUGGAGCAAAUUCAACUCCGAAGAAAGGUAGUACACCCUGUUCUCGUUCUGAACCCAUCCUUCUUUUCAAGCUAGUAGUUCUCUUCCUUGGUGGUACAGCAAUCCACAGUAGAAUACCCCUUUGCAAGCUAGUAAUUCUCUUCCUUGUGGGAACAGCAAUUCACAGUUGAAUACCUUAGUAAUUAUUUUAUCAUAGUCCACAUUCUGUAAUAAUACUUCUUAAAUAUUUAAUGUAAGAAAAUAUUAAUCCCAUGUGAGGCAAAAAUUAAGAAAUUCAAGUAAAUAGAUAGGGAAAAGAUAUAUGACUUUGCUUGCAUUUCAAUCUGCAAAUAUUGUAAUGUUUGUGGAUGUCACGGAUUAGUUUAGCAACACAAAAAUUGUCUACCAUUUCCUUGACCCCUUUUUAUCCUUGCU